GGCGGACUAUAAAAUAAAUCCGGGAGCGGGAGGCAGAUUCUCCGCUGUCAGGGUGUUGUAGUACAGGGAUUCGGCUCUGAGUUUGAUUCCCUCAGACAGUCCUCUGAACAGCAUGGAGUGGCUGUGUGGCAGUGAGUCCGGGAGGCCGGCCCGGCUCUGGGAUCACAAUGUUACGAUAAACACAGACAAUCCAGACCUGACGACAUGUUUUCAGAAGACGAUCCUGGUUUGGGUUCCAUGUGUGUACUUGUGGGUGAUCUUUCCUCUUUACUUCCUGUAUCUCCGACAGAGCAAUCGAGGUUACAUAAGGGUCACCUUGCUCAACCGGAUCAAAACGAUCCUGGGAUUGCUGCUGUGGAUUGUCUGCUGGUUGGACCUCUUCUGUUCACUUGCUGAAGUGGUGAAUAAUCGACCAAAAGCUGCAGCAUAUUUCAUCAGCCCCUUGCUGCUGGGAGUCACAAUGUUACUCGCAACGUUUCUGAUUCAGUAUGAGAGAUUACGGGGGAUGCAGUCAUCUGGGGUGCUUUUCCUCUUCUGGCUGAUCACCUUGAUUUGUGCUGUGAUACCUUUCAGAUCAAAGAUCCUGGCGACAUUCAAUGAGGAUAAAGUAAUUGAUGUCUUCCGAUUUACCACCUUCUAUAUCUACUUUGCCUUAGUUCUGAUCCAGUUCUUUCUCUGCUGCUUCAGUGAACCUCCUCCAUAUUUCUCAGCAGUAUCUUCGAAUGAGAAUCGCUGCCCUGAAGAGGGUGCUGGAUUCCUCUCUCGGCUGACCUUCUGGUGGUUUACUAGAAUGGCCAUACAGGGUUACAAGCACCCCCUGGAGGACAAAGAUCUCUGGUCACUGAACAAAGAGGAUAGGUCGGAUGUUGUUGUGCCAAAACUACUGAAUGAGUGGGAGAAGCAGAAGCUGAAAGUGAAAAGGAAUCAGGAGGCUGUCUACUCCAAAUGCCCACCUCCAUAUAACGUUACAGACCAGGAGCCUCAUGAAGCUGAGGUCCUUUUUCCCAGCAAGGGGGACCAGAAGAAACCUUCAUUCCUCAUAGCCCUGUGCAGAACCUUUGCUCCUUACUUCCUUUUGGGAUCGGCACUGAAGCUGUGCCAGGAUCUGUUGUCUUUCGUCAAUCCCCAACUUCUCAACAUGUUGAUUUCCUUCAUCAAAAGCCGGGAGUCCAGGAUCUGGUGGGGAUACAGCAUCUCAUUCUUGAUGUUCUUCUCCGCUGCCCUGCAAACCAUCAUUCUCCACCAGCACUUCCAGUAUUGUUUUGUAACAGGCAUGCGGCUACGGACCGCCAUUGUCGGAGCGAUAUACCGCAAGUCUCUGGUCAUCACUAACUCAGCUAAACGUUCAUCCACCGUUGGGGAGAUUGUGAACUUGAUGUCAGUGGAUGCUCAGAGAUUCAUGGAUCUCACCGGCUUCCUCAACAUGCUAUGGUCAGCUCCACUCCAGAUCUGCCUGGCUCUUUACUUCCUGUGGCAGUACCUGGGUCCUUCAGUUCUGGCUGGUGUUGCCGUGAUGAUUCUUCUAAUCCCAUUCAAUGCAGUGAUUGCCAUGAAAAGUCGAAGCUUUCAGGUGCAACAGAUGCAACACAAAGACGCUCGGAUUAAGCUGAUGAAUGAGAUCCUGAAUGGUAUUAAGGUGCUGAAGUUGUAUGCCUGGGAAGCGUCUUUCGAGCAGAAGGUCCUGGCCAUUCGGCAGAAGGAGCUCAGUAUUCUGAAAAAAGCUGCCUACCUCAAUGCCCUCUCCACCUUCACUUGGACAACUGCCCCCUUUAUUGUUGCCUUGACAACCUUUGCGGUGUAUGUGACUGUUGACGAGAAUAAUGUAUUGGAUGCACAGAAAGCUUUUGUCUCCUUGUCUUUGUUCAACAUCCUCCGGUUUCCACUCAACAUGCUGCCUCAAGUCAUCAGUGGUGUGGUUCAGGCCACCGUUUCACUGAAGCGAUUGCAGAACUUCCUGAGUCAUGAUGAAUUGGAUCCCACAAAUGUUGAGAGACAAAAAAUUGCAACAGGCCAUGCUAUCACCAUGCUGAAUGGAACCUUCAGCUGGGGAAAGACUGAUCCUGUUGUUCUCAAUGGGAUCAGUCUGAUGGUGCCACAAGGCUCCCUGGUGGCAGUGGUUGGUCAUGUUGGAUGUGGCAAAUCCUCACUCAUCUCCGCUCUUCUGGGAGAAAUGGAGAAGCUGGAGGGCAGCGUGGCAAUCCAUGGAUCUGUUGCCUACGUUCCUCAGCAGGCCUGGAUUCGGAAUGCCUCCUUGAAAGACAACAUUAUCUUUGGAGAGCUCCUUAGUGAACAGAAGUACCAACAGGUUCUGGAAGCCUGUGCGCUCAUCACUGACCUGAGUGUACUUCCUGGUGGAGACCAGACUGAGAUUGGUGAAAAAGGAAUAAAUCUGUCCGGAGGGCAGAAACAGCGGGUGAGUCUGGCACGAGCUGUGUACAGCGACAUGGAUGUGUACCUCCUGGAUGACCCCCUUUCAGCUGUGGAUGCACAUGUGGCUAAACACAUUUUCGAUAAAGUCAUUGGCCCAGAAGGAGUGUUGAAGGGAAAGACUCGAGUACUUGUGACACAUGGAAUCAGCUUCCUGCCUCAAGUGGAUCAGAUUGUGGUGUUGGUGAACGGCAGAAUCUCCGAGAUGGGAUCAUAUCAGGAGCUGCAGAACCAGAACGGAGCCUUUGCAGAAUUCCUACGAAACUAUGCCCAGCGAGAUGACUUGGAGGAGGAUGAGCCAACAGUACUCGAUGAAGAGGAGGAAUUUCUUGGGGAGGAUACCCUCAGUAACCACAUUGACUUGGGUGACAAUGAGCCCCCAGCAGCAGAGGCACGGAAACAGUUCAUGAGACAAAUCAGUGUCAUCUCAUCAGAUGGUGAGGCAUCCACGUGGAAAUCCACAAGGAGGCGACUGAGUGAGAAGAAGAAGGUGGUAGAUACUGUUCCACAGCCAAAGAAUGAACCAAAGGACCUAAUCCAGGCUGAGACAGCAGAAACUGGGAGGGUUAAACUGAUUGUAUUCUGGCAAUACCUGAAGGCAGUCGGUCCCUUCAUCUCUGUUGUGAUUUGUUUCCUGUACUGCUGCCAAAAUGCUGCAGCCAUCGGUGCCAACUUCUGGCUAAGUGACUGGACCAAUGACCCUGCCUUCAACAGGACCCAGCACCAAACCUAUAUGCGGGUAGGAGUGUACGCGGCACUUGGCUUCACACAAGGGAUCCUAGUUCUGAUCUCCUCCUUCACACUGGCACUCGGAGGCCUAGCUGCUGCUCGGCAGCUCCACACACGGCUCCUGGACAACAAGUUACACACACCACAGGCAUUCUUUGACACCACACCCAUCGGACGCAUCAUCAAUCGCUUCGGCAAGGACAUUAACGUGAUUGAUGAAGUCAUUCCCCUGACAUUCCAGAUGUUCCUUGCAACAUUUUUCGUCUCCCUGUCCACCAUGAUAGUAGUAGUCGCCAGUACCCCGUGGUUUACUCUGCUAAUCGUGCCACUGGCUUUUGUGUACUUCUUCGUACAGGCUUCCUGUCUUACAUGGAGUCGCAGCUGCUGUUUGCAUUCUGCUGUAUCCGUGCUUCCUGUUCCCUGCAUGCUCGCCUGCUUAACCAAACUCUUCGCUGUCCUGCACAUUACUUUGAGCUGACACCCGUUGGACGAAUACUGAACCGUUUCUCACAAGACAUGGAAACGAUUGAUGAUCGGAUCCCAGCGUGUGUUGAGGACCUGCUGCUGUGCUUCUUCGAUGUAUUGUCCACUGUGUUGGUGCUGGCUUACUCCAUUCCUCUGAGUCUCCUGCCCUCUCUUCCAAUCGCUUGUCUGUACUUUUCUCUACAGGUAUUAGGAGUGUAUCAAGAGAAACAGACCCUGCUGAGGGAUUUCCGUUAGAAACACAUUCUGUGAAGUGUAAAUCCAGAAACUACAGUACACAGAAUGUAGGGUAAUCCCAGACUCCAUUGGCAGCCUCUGCUGAAUUAGGUUUGAUUUCUCUAACAUUUGGACGAGGUGAGGUGAGAGAGAUGGCAUUAGGUCCCAACAGAAGAUGUUGUUUCAGAUUAGAGGAGAAAAUAAGUCCUAGGCUCAAAGUCAAGUUUCUGUUUAUUUUGAACAUUAUUGUCAUCAUAAUUCCAUUGUCUUAAGUCUAAUUUAUUUUUUUCAAUCUUUGCCCUUUGGACUGGUGCCAGUGUCUGAUCUGUUGAGCUGUCCCAUCUCUCUCUCUUCCCCCACCCCCCACCACCAGUACCUUUUCCCAUAGAAUGAAUAAACCUUACCUAAUGAGGAGUCAGGCUGGAUGUGUGUGUGUGUGUGUGUGUGUGUGUGUGUGUGUGUAUGUGCGAGAAAUGCAUCCAUUAGUCACAGGAUGGCUAAACGUAGCUGAUCCAGUUAGAUUUCCGUGAUCACGAAACUCUUAUUCAAACUUUUUCUGUCUCUCGCUCACUUUCCACUCUGACUGUUUCACUCCAUGUCACUCUCUCCCACUCCCUUCCAGUUUGCACCUGAUUAUUUCUCUUCACUGCCCCCAUCCUUGUAUCCUAUUAAUCUACACUUCCCUCUUCCUAACCCGUGCCUGGGAGGAGAAUGGAUUUUCCGGGUGUGGGGGGGGUGGGUGGUUUGCUGAGAGAGAGCUUGGGGUCUGGUUGUCAGAAGGUGACCAGCAGCUGGGCCUCUGUUAUUCGCUAGUCUUGGCUGUGCUGCUGGGGCUGUGAGUAAUUGAGUGUUCGGGCCUGCUUCAUGCCUGUGUAUUUAUUUGUAUGUACACAGUCUGUACUCAGCCCCUAACUUGGGACCAUCAAUACCAAUCAACAACAUAAAAAGAAACAUUACCUGGUUCAUAUCGCUGUUUUUGAGAUCUUUCUGUGUGCAAAUUAACAAAUGCAUUUCUAACAUUACAACAAUGCUUCCACUUCAGAAGGUACUACGUUAGCUGUAACCCACUGUUGAGACCAUCCAUUGGUUGUAAAAAACGCUAUAAAAAUGAGGAUCUUCUUGCUUGCUUCCAGUCUCCCUGACGUUUAUGGUUGUGUGCUCUGUAGUGUUCUCUGUCCUUUGACUGCUUUCCCUCUUCU